CGGCACGCACUUCACGGGGCGCCUGCUGCGGCGGCUGGGCGGGCUGGACGCGCGCUGCGCCGCCGCCAUCCAGCGCGCGCGGCGCUCGCUGUGGCCGCACGUGCGCGAGAAGCAGCACGAGCAGCAGGCCAGAGAGCGCCGCGAGAAAGAAGAACGAACGCGGCGCGCGCGCGAACGCCAGCAGCAACUCAUGGCGGAGUUCGCGCUACGCCAGCGCCAGUUCAUGAGCGCCAUGGAGCUGAGCCAGGACAUGGAGCGCGAGAUGGCGUGGCAGGAGCCCACCACGGACGACUGCGUGAUCUGCAACCGCGCCGCGCCCGACCCGCUCGCCAGGGUCGUGCUGCUGCAGUCCACAUCAGUGCUCGGUCACCGUCGCCUGGCCGACAGCCCGCGCUCCCUCGCGCUCUCCGAGGCGGAACUACCCGGCCUGCAGCAGGCCACGGAGACCACACUCGCGGCGCACCACUACCGCCAGCACGACCACCUGCAGCAGCACUUCGCACAGGAAUCCUGGGUGCUCUCAGUGUCCGUGGGCUGGGAGGGCGGCGUGCACGCCACGUCGUGCGGCCACGUGCUGCACGUGCGCUGCCUGCACGCGUACCUGCGCACGCUGGCGCAGCCGCCGCGGCGCGCGCUGCACGUGGCCGGCGGCGAGUUCCUGUGCCCCGUGUGCCGGCAGCUGGCUAACAGCGUGUUGCCGGUCUCGCCGGCGCCGCCGCGCCCCUCGCCCCGCGCCGCGCCGCCCUCCCCCGCGCAGCUGCAGGCAGAGAUACUGCACAUGCUCGAGAUUGAACCGCCGCCGCUGACGCCCUGCCGGCUCUCAGAAGCGAUGGGCAAAGCCAUGGAGGACAUGACCGCCACCGCCGGCAUCAAGAUACGCCAGCGCUACGGGGUCACGCCCGCCGCCAUAUUCACCUUUGUGACCUCGCUCGCAAGGACUAAUUUAGAGUGCGAGCUGGUGCAACGUGGAGGGGACUUGGUGAUGAGGCCUAAUCCGCGGUAUAAGCCUAGGAAUGAUUGUAUAGUCCCCCUAAUGGUCGUCGUCGGAACACACGCCCGAGUCAUCCGCAGCGCCGGCGCAGAACUGGGCGCGGCGGCGGCGUGGCGCGCCCUAUGCCCCGCCCCCACACCCCCCGCCCCCGCGGCCUCACCCCCCGCAGCCCCCGAGCAGAGCCUGGCGCCCGCGCCGCAGCCCGAGGCGCGCCCGGUGCCGCUGCUGCUGAAGGACCCCGUGGCCUUGCUGAUGCACUUUGUGUUGUUGGCGCCAGAGCACCCGCCGUAUAUUGAGCCUGAACACUUCAACUGCAUAAUCCAAGCGCUGUACGACCUGACGUACCACCAGAUAGUGUGUCAGUUCAUCGCGUCCACCUCAGCCGAGGGGCGCGCGGCUCUCGCCGGAGGGGCGUCAACGGCGGGGGCGCCAACUGGAGGGGCGCUGAGGCAGGCCGCCAGAGUGCUGCUAGGGGCGCUGGCGGGGUCAGAUCUGUUCACGGAGGAUGGAGCCCCGCAUAUGCUGAGCGGGGAGCAUCAGCAUCAUUUGGAUAUUGCUAGCAUGGAGAGUGAGCUACAACAACUCCUACUCCCGUUCCUGCGCAUCUCUGCCCUCCUCCGCCACCAUCUAUACAACGUGCCCCUCCCGGACAUCCUCACUCCCGACCAGGAGUACCCGCUGCUGAUGCAGUACUGCGGGGUGCGCGGGGGGGGCGGGGGGGCGCCCGCGCGCGCCUGGGCCCGCGAGCUGGCGCACGCCGCCAACAGGGGGCAGCUUGUGGUCCGCCGCAUCCUGCGCUCCCUGCACCUCUCUUUCUCCCCCCCCUCCCUCCUGUCCCUCCCCCGCGACUACGACCGGCUCUUCACGUACUACCACUCCCGAGUCUGCCUGCAGUGCGGGGCGGUGCCCAAGGAGGCGUCGGUGUGCCUGCUGUGCGGGACGCUGGUGUGUCUGAAGCAGGCGUGCUGUCGGCAGCAGCAGGUGUGCGAGGCUGUGCAGGUACGUGGGGUGUAUUGAAGUAUUCUGUUGACGUACUACACUACAAGGAGGCGUCGGUGUGCCUGCUGUGCGGGACGCUGGUGUGUCUGAAGCAGGCGUGCUGUCGGCAGCAGCAGGUGUGCGAGGCUGUGCAGGUACGUGGGGUGUAUUGAAGUAUUCUGUUGACGUACUACACUACAAGGAGGCGUCGGUGUGCCUGCUGUGCGGGACGCUGGUGUGUCUGAAGCAGGCGUGCUGUCGGCAGCAGCAGGUGUGCGAGGCUGUGCAGGUACGUGGGGUGUAUUGAAGUAUUCUGUUGACGUACUACACUACAAGGAGGCGUCGGUGUGCCUGCUGUGCGGGACGCUGGUGUGUCUGAAGCAGGCGUGCUGUCGGCAGCAGCAGGUGUGCGAGGCUGUGCAGGUACGUGGGGUGUAUUGAAGUAUUCUGUUGACGUACUACACUACAAGGAGGCGUCGGUGUGCCUGCUGUGCGGGACGCUGGUGUGUCUGAAGCAGGCGUGCUGUCGGCAGCAGCAGGUGUGCGAGGCUGUGCAGGUACGUGGGGUGUAUUGAAGUAUUCUGUUGACGUACUACACUACAAGGAGGCGUCGGUGUGCCUGCUGUGCGGGACGCUGGUGUGUCUGAAGCAGGCGUGCUGUCGGCAGCAGCAGGUGUGCGAGGCUGUGCAGGUACGUGGGGUGUAUUGAAGUAUUCUGUUGACGUACUACACUACAAGGAGGCGUCGGUGUGCCUGCUGUGCGGGACGCUGGUGUGUCUGAAGCAGGCGUGCUGUCGGCAGCAGCAGGUGUGCGAGGCUGUGCAGGUACGUGGGGUGUAUUGAAGUAUUCUGUUGACGUACUACACUACAAGGAGGCGUCGGUGUGCCUGCUGUGCGGGACGCUGGUGUGUCUGAAGCAGGCGUGCUGUCGGCAGCAGCAGGUGUGCGAGGCUGUGCAGGUACGUGGGGUGUAUUGAAGUAUUCUGUUGACGUACUACACUACAAGGAGGCGUCGGUGUGCCUGCUGUGCGGGACGCUGGUGUGUCUGAAGCAGGCGUGCUGUCGGCAGCAGCAGGUGUGCGAGGCUGUGCAGGUACGUGGGGUGUAUUGAAGUAUUCUGUUGACGUACUACACUACAAGGAGGCGUCGGUGUGCCUGCUGUGCGGGACGCUGGUGUGUCUGAAGCAGGCGUGCUGUCGGCAGCAGCAGGUGUGCGAGGCUGUGCAGGUACGUGGGGUGUAUUGAAGUA